AUGAAGGGUGUCUAUCGUUAUGUAGUCAUGUUGUUUAAUGCAUAUGGCUUUGGGUUGACGGAUGGCGAAGGUAUGGGACGGUUCUGGUCGUAUCUUUCUGGUUAUGUCAAACCCACUAGAAAUAUGGCUGCUGCAACCAGACAGUUGACCUUAACCGACGGGGUGCGAUACUUCGCGUUGAAGAAGAUGAACAAAAUGGGUGGUUAUUUGAGGCGCACGUGGCCGGCGAACGAAAAGUUGAUGGAUGACUUGGAGUGUGAAAUGUCGAAGGUGUCAUCGGACGAGCUGAAGGAGAAAUGGAAGUGUGUUGUCGUGGAAAUUAUAGAUCCAAAGGAAACUGGCUUGACAACCCCACUUGUGGGAAUUCGGUGGACGAAGCUGAUUUCAAACGGAAUUCCCAGGAAGAUUUAG